AUGGAAGCGCAUAGUGUUUUUGUUACUGGAGCAAACAGGGGUAUAGGGCUGGAAUUCGUCCGACAAAUUGUUCGUCUACAGAAGCCACCCAGAUAUGUCAUAGCGACAUACAGAUCUCGAGAUAGCACGGAGGAACUGGAAAAAAUUAAAGAUUCUUCUAAAGAUAGCAUGGUUUAUAUGGUUAAAAUGGAUGUCACAAAAGUCAAUGAAAUACGGGCUGCUCGUAAAAUUACCCAGGAUUUGGUGGGAGAACAAGGAUUGACUUUGCUAAUAAACAACGCUGGUGUCGGAGCUGGACAAUCAUUUCCUAAAUUAACAGAAGAAAAUCUACAAUACCACUAUAAAAUAAAUACUGUGGGGCCAAUUAUGGUGUUACAGGAAUUUUUACCAUUACUUGAAAAAGCUGCAUCAUUCAACAAACGAAUACCAGAUUUAAGGAUGUCGGUUUCGAGAGCAGCUGUGCUGAACAUAAGCUCCCUCGCUGGCUGCAUAACUAAAGCUGGAGAAAAUGAGCUUGAUCAAUCCUUUCCCGGUUAUAAGAUAAGCAAAGCAGGUCUGAAUAUGGCAAUGAGGGUGAUUGCUGCAUCGGUCAAGGAGCAUGGAAUUUUGGUCAUCAACAUGUGUCCUGGAUAUGUAAAAACUGACCUAACAACAGGUAGAGGAUCAUUGGAACCUCACGAAAGUAUCCAAACCAUGUUGGAAACAUUACCCAAAUUGGAUGAAGAACAUCAUGGAUCUUUUGUGGACAGAUUAGGGAACAUUUACCCCUUUUGAAGGAUCAAACUGAAUGCUGAUAAUGCAACAUGCCAUGACUUGGAAUCUUACAUUUUAAUCUUCUGAGUUUAUUGAAGACUAUUUUAA